CAUUGUUGCAAGCAUAGUAUGAUCCGUGAAAUUAAGUAGGAUGUAAAAAAUGGUUAUUAUCAUUUGGUAGUCUUUUUUAUAUGACUGAUCAUGGGUCCACGUGGAUAAGUAUUGACUUCUUGAAUGGUACUUGUCGUUGGAGACUUAGUGGCCGUUCACUCAGUUGUCCCUCUUCAAACAUAUUCUGAUGGGUGUGUGUUCCUCGUACCUGUGAACGAGGAAGGAUGACCGAGGAGAUCCUGAAGUUGGCCGAUGCUGGUGGCGCGAAGAGCGCAAAAACGAAGGAUGCUGGACCAGACUUGAUCGAGUAUGGCUACCAACAUGUCGCAGUCAUCGGUCGGGGCCAAUACGGCAUCGCGCAGCUCGUCUGCCGACCGGGCGAGACGAACGACUGCCUCGUCGCGAAGUCAGUUCAAGUGGACUCGCUCAACGAGCACGAUCAAAAGCUGGCGCAUCAAGAGGUUAGUUUGUAACCUGAAAAAAUUGUACAAACAGAAGAAAACUCUAUUUUUCAUUGGUUUCUUCGGCUGACAAAUAGUCAAAAUUGAGAGUGCACAUCAGCAGUGAGACAAUAAAAUGUUGUGCCCAAUCUAUUGAUUGAAGGUUCAGCUGCUGCAGCAGAUGCGGCAUCCUCACAUUGUUGGUUACAUUGAGAGUUUUUCGCUGGCACCGUCGAACAUUUUGAUCAUCGUUAUGGAGUACGCGCCACACGGGGAUCUGCGGAAGCUCAUAAAAGGAGCUGCAAAGAAGAGGGAGCACAUGCCAGAAGACGUCAUUAUGAGAUGGUUCACCCAGCUGCUGCAUGCGCUGAAUUACAUACACAAGCAAAAGAUUUUACAUCGCGAUCUGAAGACAAGUAACAUCUUUCUUAGUGGGGAAACCGACGCGUCACGGAUCGAAGAGUACAGCGUCAAACUAGGCGACUUCGGAAUUUCACGCGUGCUUGACGGAACAAGGGAAGCUGCCGUACUAGGAUGUGACUUCGACAGUGUUCAUAAAUUGUAAUCAUGUCAAUCCCUUUGAAUCACAGUCACAUGCCUGUUUGAGAUUGCUAUUGCCUAGGCAUCGUAAGCAACUGAAACGGAUUUCCUGUCGCGAUUGCUCAAGUUCACAAUUUUGGAAUUGCAGGUAACUGUUGUCGGCACGCCGUACUACAUGUCGCCAGAGGUGUGUCGAUCCGAGCCAUACAACUGGAAGAGCGACGUGUGGGCGCUCGGCUGCGUGUUGUACGAGUUGUGCAUGCUGAAGCACGCUUUCGAAAGCUCCUCACUCUUGGGUCUAGUCUACAAGAUUGUCUCGGAGAACUACGAUCCGAUCCCGAGCAUGUAUUCCGCGAGACUGAUGGAGAUCAUCAAGAGACUGCUGACGAAAUCCGCGGAAGCGCGACCCGAAACAACGGAGAUGCUCCUUGACGGCUACGUACGGGAAACGGCAGACGCGUUGCAGUUACCAGAUAACGACAGUAUGAUCUCACUGUCACCGGGGAAAAAGGAUCGUGCCACGGCGCCACCACCACCGGGUCCGCCGCCAUUAGCGUCGGGGGUGGCGCGACCACCACCCGGGCCGCCGCCGGCAGGUAUCAAGAAGCCGCCAUCAGCGCCGCCAUUGCCAGGCAGUCCAGCGCCACCUGGUGCAGCAAAUGGGAAUGGUGUAGCCGCUACGCCAAGCAAGCCGAGUCUGCAGUUAUGAUUGUUCUCAACGAAGUACUUGUAUCAGACCUACGUCAUUCGUUUUCAAAAAGUUUGUCAGGGUCGACUGCGUACAAUACCCUUCGCGGAUGUUGAGAAACUUGUUUAGGAAAUGAAUGUCAGCUUGCUAGGAUGAGAUUCGGUAUAUUUUCGCUUUCCAAUAAGUGCUGUUCGAAGUUGUUGCGCCAGAAAAACGACCUCUCAGAUUUUAUUUCGGUUCUAAUGCAAGUACCCGCAGAAAACCAAGAGCUCUUCGAGGUGCUUAUGGCGAGGAUCCGAGCCGUACUAGUAACUCGCAAAAGCAAUUGGAUAUCAGUCUUUGCAGGCUUCGACAAAAAAGGCGAUGGUCUUUUUCCACCAGCGCUAUUUGUUGAGGCACUGCGAGCGCUAAAUUGCGGACUUAGUAACCCGGAAAUAAAUUUUCUCGUGGCCUGCUUCUCUAGUGCGGCGGCGCCAGCAGAUAACACAGGGGGUAGUGGGUACUACAGUAAGUAUUAUCAUGAAGGUGCCUUGCCCUUCUCAACAUAGUUCUAUAUAGAAAGGUUUCAAUUAAUUACGACUAACAAAUGCGGGUUGCAUGAUUGGUGCGAUUUGAUAUUGUCUGCGUUUCCAUCUUGGCUUGGGCUUAUUCGAUAAGCACAGAUGAACCUUUGACAAACACAAAGAACCAACAUACAACCAGGAUUCCGCUCUUCCAUUUCGCAGAGCAUUUAAACUGCGCACCUGGCGUUUGCGCGAAGAGAGUCGACACCGCAGUGCGAGAGCUGUUCGACGGUGCGAAAUUGCAGAUACUCUUCCAAAAAUGCGUGCAGACGGAUCCAGAGAAUAGGGGUGUCGUUUCUGCCGAUAAUUUCAAAAUUGCGAUAGCGCAAUGCCUAGACACGUUGAAUUCAGAGGUAUCUAUUGUUGACUGCUUUAUAAUAAAAGAACUGUGGGUUCUAGCGGGGUGACUUAGAACUUAAUGUUGCUAAUUCCACCUUUUCCUUUUUCGGUUUUGAAUAUCGAGUCUCGCUUAUUCUUUGAUCAAGGGGAGUGCGAGAUUGACAGAAUUGUGCCACGAACAACACAACAGCGGAACGUGAUGCUCGCUCUGAUGUCCUCGGAGAAGAACCUUGCCGGAGAGGUAGACUACAGGGAGUUUGUACACGUUUUUGGAGCGAUUUGCGAAGUCUUUCCAUUUACAGCGACCCCGGCGAAACCACCACCGGGUACACGCCUCCACAUUCUUCAUAAUCUGCUAUGACUCUUGAUGUUAUUAAAGCUAUCAGGUGGAUGGAUGCUCAUGAUGGUUAUUCUUUGAGUUUAUAUCAACAAAGUUCCAUCACACUGACUCGUAAUUGUACCAUCGAGGAAAAACGUGGUAGAAAGUAGUUCCUUUCCCAUACAAAUCAGUGGCACCGCCGUCAGGAGUAGCUGCCUCACCGCCGCACGGGUCACCGCAAGACAGCACCCAGUUUUUUACAUGUCGAGUGCCGCUUGCACCGAGCAGCGUGCAGGUGCCAAUGGGCCAUAGCCGGUCGUCCGUGCCGCCAACACCGUUUCGAGCGAUGAGCGCGGAAGGUCAAAAAAUAAUAUGGGCGCGGCUAAAGAAGAAAUUCACAACGUGUACGUUGACAGACGUGUGGCAGCUGUAUUUCCAGGACGCACCACAGGUGAAUGCGUGGUCGUUCAUUGAUCUUUGUAGUGACAUACCCUUCGGAGUGUCAAGAGCGGAGUUGCAUCAAUGCUGCGCCGCAAUAUCAGCAGACGGGCAAGUGGGGAUCGACGCAAUAGAGGAUCAACUCCUCAUGUCCGACGAGAACUUCUUGACGAUGCCGAGCUGGGGCAAGGUACGGCGCUGUGAUUGAGAAGAACAAAGACAUCUCCUCACUUAUGCUAGAGCUAGAUGCUUAUCCACUACGACGCGAGGGUUUUGACGUUACAAGCUCAUGUGGGCAACACAUGCACGUCGUUGUACGAAGCCCUUACUUUCUUGCAUUCUAACAACUUUCCUGGAGUACUUGACUUGCACCUUUACAAUCAGGUAAUGCAGGAUCUUGUGCAGGGGAAUUUGUGGGGAAAUAAGGGCAUAGUUCCUGAAGCGGAGUUCCGGUCGAAGUUGUCAGAAAUGGACAACGGGUUGACGUCCCAUCAGCUAGACUAUCUUAUCUCAACAGUGGAUAAAACGAGUGAGGGUGACUUGCUUCUGCAUCGACACGCGCCUCGACCAGUUGCGCCAGUAGACCUAGCAGCAGGGCACUACGAAUUAGUGUGUAGGCGACUGACAGUGAAGUUGCGGGCCUGCGCCGGACUCGACGUACCGAGAUUGACCAAGAUCCUAGCCAACUUCUGGAGCGUUCCAGAGUGGUCAAAUUGCCUUUCAAUUUAUGCCUGAAAAUGAAAUACAACAUUCAAUGAGAUUCUUAGACUUAAUAAAAUCUCUUUUCUGGUCUGCGUCGAAACGGUCAUGUCGGAUGGGUAAAAAUCUUUAGCCGAUGACAUACACAUAAAUAUGUCUAUGCUCCUAUGAAUUCUCGUGAUCUUCCAUUUCUGCUUUUUUUCAUUGGUCGCUGCUGCCACUAUAUUUGUCGGAGGCAGAAGCAAAUGGGCUCGUAUUGCGGCUGCUAGAGGGGCAGCAGACAGUGGAUGAGUGGGCGGCUGCAGUGCAGCAAACUGGGUGUGGCGUCACGCUAAGUGUAGACCCGAAAGUUGGUGAGUUUUUAGCAGGCUCGCUGAACGAACCAGUACCUGAAGAGCAGUUCUGUAGUCUUCUAGCACCGUUGGGACCAGACUAUGGAAGACAUUAUGGCGUACCAGCGAUGAAUUGCUGCCUUCAUGAUAGAUACAACUGAGAGGAAGAACCACAUUACCAACAUACAACACCAUGACAUGAAAUGAGGACGCUGGUGUAGUCUCUCCUGCCUUUAUGUCAAGUAGAUGUAUCUGAUGGAAGAUCUAAGUUUCGCUCUGCUUCGCAGCGGAUAAGACGCACAACGGAUUUGUCAUGGCGAGCUCUUGGUUGGCGGACGAAGGAAUCGUCAGCAAGCAACAGGCGAAAGCGCUCAAGAAAAAACGCAGUUUCCUCACGAGGAUCUUCAAGUGAAGAGAGUGUGUGCCUUUGCCUCGUCUUUCCAGGAAUCGUUGAAGUUCUUGAACCCUUGUGGACAUACUAGAGUGAAUUAUUUUUUGUGAGUACUAAAGUAAGUAGAGUGCUGACCAUGGAGUCAGUGCCUCCUACUCCUGGUUUCGUAGGCUAGUAAUAUCUCUUUUUUUGCGAUGCCAUUUUUUUGGAUGGGAAAACGUUUUUUUGGAUUUCUUUUCUUGAUGAUUUCUUUGAUUUCUUUUGAACAGUAUGGAUUUGUGAGUAUCCGCGAUGUUGUCAUGCGGAUGCGCUCGCGCGCUCGUCUUAUGUGGAUUUUUCAACAAUGGUACCAGUCUCGUAGAAGUGGUUGUGUCUUCUCAGCAGAUUUGUCCAUAGUCGCGAUAUUCGUGUAUCAGAAUAGGCAACCGUGAGUAGGUUUUUGUCGUGCAUGCGUGGCAUAUGAAAAGUUCUGUUUCCACGUUGUAUCGCUGGUAGGCUAGUAGUACUACAACUACUAGAGACGCGACGAUGAUGUUCGUCGUGCAAAAUAAACGUGACAUCUGCCCUUGCUUCAAUAUUUCAUCCGGUUCUUCUUUCUUCUAUUUCGGGAAAUGUCGUGUCGUAUCUUCACACGAUCUUUUCUCUGCAAUGUCAAGUCAGUCUUACUCUUCGCAAAAAGACCGUGCAAGCAUCGUAGCUGCUCUGAAUCAUGGAGGUUUCAGAGCCAUGAAGCAAGCACUUAUGAGUUGUGUACGCGAUGCUUAGUACGCCAGUGAAAGUGAGACAAUAAUACAAAGUGACGUACUUACAGCUAAGGACAAGUACGCAGUACCAGAGUCAUUGACGAGAGGUCAUCACGGAUGUCAAGAAAAUUGUCGCUU